UCGUCGCGGCUUGUGUCGCGGCUUGCCUGCCUGCCUGCCUGCCUUGCUUUGCCUUGCCUUGCCUGCUGUGGGAUCCAUCGUGACUGGCUCUUGCCAUCGCCGUCGCCUCUUCUUCCUUUCCUCUUCACACGCUCGCUCGCUCGCGCGCUCGUUCGCUCUGUGCGCACUUUGGCCAUGCCCCGCGCUGUCUCUGCCUCAUUCUUGUCCUGGAUCUUUCCGCGCGCCUCGCUCGCUUGUCGCUGCUCCCGUGCUUCCACCCUUGGCACUAGCUCGUGGUUAUUGGAUCUGGGAAAUUCAUUUGGGAAUUGAGUGGAGUGGAGUGGUGAGGAUUAAAAGACGAGCGUGGAGAUUUUCUAUUUUUUAAAAUUUUUUAAAAUUUUUUUGGGAGUUGAGGCGGCUGCGGGAGCCGGGGUUUGUGCUUAAUUUUCAUGGGCGCUCUUCGGGAGAGGCCCAUAGUUACGUCCUACGAUGAAUGCCGUGAAGACGGUUGCGUGCUUUUGCGCAAUGGGUUUCACAGCGCGCAGGGGCAGGUGCUGGAAGAGUGGGUGGAAGAGCUUCAUGGAGAGAGCGAGGAUAGCAGCGAUGCAUCCACAAUUGCGUCCGUGGACGGAGACUCCUCCUGCCUGCCGGAUAUGAUGUCCGCUGUGAAAGUCUUGCUGGAUGGGUUGGGCGAAGAUGUGAGCCGGGAUGGGCUUCUCAAAACGCCGCUGCGCGUGGCACAGGCAUUCCAGGGCGCUACGAAAGGGUACCGGCAGGCAGCGAAAGACGUAGUAGGAGGUGCGCUCUUCAUGGAGCCUGGAACAGGUGGUACUAAUGGCAGUGGAGGUGGUUGCGGUGGCAUGGUGGUGGUGCGGAAUGUGGAGCUUUUUGCUCUAUGUGAGGCUUGUCUUUUACCAUUUCGUAUACGAUGCCAUAUAGCUUACGUCCCCGUUGGAGAGCGCGUAGUAGGGCUUAGCAAGCUGCCGCGUGUGGCAGAGAUCUUUGCGAAGAAGUUGCAAAACCCUCGCCGAUUUGCUUACGAAGUUGCUUCGUCUUUGACGGAGGCUCUGCAACCAGAGCCAUUGGGAGUUGCAGUAGCUGUGGAGAGCUGGCAUUUGCAGUGGCCAGGUGUUAAGGAGAAUGGCGUUGCGGCCGAUCUGGAAAAAUACGUGGGUUGGGUGCCUUCGACUGCGUAUGCUGGGACAGGCCAGUUUGAGGACAAGAGUGGCGCACUGUGGGAAGAGCUCGUGGCCCUUCUGCAGCUGGAAAGUUGUAGUGCAGACAAUCGUUUUGCUCUUGAUGCAGAGGCAGAUGAUCCAAAUUUGUCUGGGUGUCCGUUUGCUCUCUUUGACGGAAUGCCACUUCAGAAUGGAAACAGUGCAUUACUUCCUUCAUCCUGCAAUGGAUGCGGUGAACUAGAAAUCGUAGGCAAUGGCCUCCACAAGAGUAGCUCUACGUUGUGCGUUGAGUUUGACUGCGAUGCACCAGCUCGACCAGCAAUGGUUGCUGCAGUGGAAUCCUUACUGAGGUCCGUAGGAGAAGAUCCCAAUCGGAAAGAGCUUCGUCUAACUUCUUCGCGGUUUGUGCGAUGGCUUUUGACAUCCACCCAAGGUAGCCGAGUCGGAACCCCUGGGAACCUAGACUUAACAGCAGGGAUACAGGGAUUGUUUUGUGAAGCUGAUCAAGUUCCGAAUGUCGAGCUUGUAGAGGAUGUAAUGUCCACAGAGUUCAACUUCCCAUUCUGCUCGCAGUGCGAACACCACUUGCUGCCUUUUGUGGGAGCAGUGCACGUCGCCUAUUUGCCCCAGCGGCGAGGACGAGGGAAGAGGCAGCAGCUGGACAGAAACAGUGUCCAGAGGGUGGUGAGAGGCUACAGUCUUCGGUUGCAAGUGCAGGAGCGCUUGACGAGGGAGAUUGCGGAGGCCAUCGGGGGUUCGGUGAUGGUCAUGGUGGAAGCCAGCCACAUGUGCAUGCUUUCACGAGGUGUGCAACAAGUAGCAUCCUCUACCUCUACCUACGCGUCUCUGGGUCUUUUCUCCUCCAAUUCUAGACUCCGCACCGCGUUCUUGCAGUCAGUUGCCAAAAGAACUAAAUCUGGCUGACCUCAUUGCACGAAUCAUUCUUCUCUCAUCUAAUUCCAUUCAAUUUUUCAUUUUUUUAUUUUCAAAAAAAACCAUUCCGUAUUUUCAUACCUAUCCAUUCCUCUUAGUGUGUGCCACCAUCCAUUCAAAAGUCUCAUUCCAGCCCUUGGUCAAACUACCCCAUUUCCCCAUGGAAGGGAAAAAGCGUCGUGCUGAGUUUGAUGAGUUGUAUAAUAGAUACUAGCAGAAUAUUUCUAGGAGUUAGCUUCAGCUGUUGCCGAAACUAGUUUACCAUUUUAGCUUAUGGCGGAGUUGAACGGUGAAGAGUAAGUCGCAGAUUGCAUGACAUUACUAUGAUGCAUUUUGUAGUUCAUGAUAUUCUUCCGAGAAUUCAAGAAGCCUUAGUGACUAACACGAAGUCGCUCUCAGUAUACAAGUGCUUCUGAUAACCGAAACCAGUCAGAUACAUUUGUGAGAUUGUCUCUUCCAAAUUCAGAUGUACACGAAAGAUCUUAGCAUAAUGGGUGUCCACAGCUUAUUGAUGUCAUUUCCAUUAAAACGUAAACGAAAUUUAGCAAGCA